AUGAUUUUCAAGGAGAACGCAUCUUCCAACAUGGGCCGUGGCGCAUAUGACACUACUGGAUUACCUCCACCAAACCACCCAGCACCAAACCACCCUGCCCCAAAGUCCAGAUAA